CUCCGAGUCUUUACCUGGAACGACAUUUGCAUGUCAGACGUCAAACUGGUUUCUGUGAUCCUUUUCUUUUGUCAAAAUAGGCGGAAGGUAGUGCUUCAAGAUGUUGAUGCCUAAACAGAAUCGCGUUGCUAUUUAUGAAUACCUCUUUAAAGAGGGUGUUAUGGUAGCCAAGAAGGAUUACCAUGCUCCCAAACACCCCGAUCUGGAGAAGAUUCCUAACCUCCAAGUUAUCAAGGCUAUGCAGUCAUUAAAAUCCAGAGGAUAUGUCAAGGAACAGUUUGCCUGGAGGCAUUUCUAUUGGUACCUUACCAAUGAAGGUAUUGAGUACUUGAGGAUCUUCUUGCACCUGCCUCCUGAAAUCGUACCCGCAACCCUUAAGCGUUCCGUACGCGCUGAGACCGUCCGCCGCGGCGCUGUUGGCCGCCCAGACGCUCCUGCACGCUCCGCUGAGGACCGAUCAGCAUACCGCCGUGCUCCAACCACACCAGCUGCACAUGACAAGAAGGCUGAUGUCGGCCCUGGAUCUGCUGAUCUUGAAUUCAGAGGAGGUUUCGGACGAGGCAGGCCUGCACCUUAAGUUUAAGUAAAUAAAAAUCUAAUGUAAAG